CAGGCUGAAGACUUAAUAGGAAGUCCCACACACACACACACCCAACAGUGCAGUUGAGAGGGACGACAGGCUGGAGGUCUGACAUGGCUCAUCAGAAAGGAGCGCUGCUAGUUCUCACACUCCUCUGCCUUGAUAGUGUGUUACGUGGGGUCCGAGGAGACGGUGUGAAAGAGAACGAUCAGCCUGAGAGACGCUACGCUCUGAUUGGUGCUGGAGUGGGUCUGUUUCUGGCCAUCAUGUUUGUUGCUGUAAAACUCUGCAUGAUUAAGAGACACAUGCUGGACAACGGGUACCACUCUGCAGCAGAUGACUCUGUGAGAAGCCAGUCCCUGCGGACUCAAAGCACCAGGUUACAUAGAAGAGAAGCACCAGACAUUCCAGAUCAGCCCUGAGGACCAACACCAUAUCAGCCCUGAGACCAACACCAGAUCAGCCCUGAUCAGCCCUGAGGACCAACACCAGACAUUCCAGAUCAGCCCUGAGGUCCAACCCUGAGGACCAACACCAGAUCAGCCCUGAUCAGCCCUGAGGACCAACACCAUAUCAGAUCAGCCCUGAGGACCAACACCAUAUCAGAUCAGCCCUGAGACCAACAUCAUAUCAGAUUAGCCCUGAGACCAACACCAGAUCAGCCCUACUGCAUCUUGAGCUACUGGAAGCUACUGGAAUUCAUGCAUUUCCACAGAAUUAUUUUUUGGAAUCUGAUCCCUUAUCAUACCUGUUCAUUGUGACUGUCGCUCAACUUA